ACAAAAUGUGGUUUUAAAAUUUUUUUUCUAUUUUUUUUUUUUCUUGUUUUUCUUACGAAAUUUUUUUGAAACUCGAGAAACUAGUUUAACGAUACAUCGCGAUGUAAGAGUUUUCAGACUGGUUCGCAGAUUUGAGUACAAAGCUUAACCAGAGGGUCGAGUAUUAAGUAACGAAUCUUUGAUGAAAACCAGAGAGCGAGAGCAACGUCUAAAUUAAAGUAAAUUGUUUGUAUCCGCCACAAAUUGCAUUAAUCGCAAUCGCUUGAAUCAUCGAAGCAGCAACAUAUCGUCAACAGUGUUGUUUCAGCUGUUGAGCAUUUCAGAUCGUCAAAAAUGGGCUACGAAGAGUGGAGCGCAAAUGAAGAGAUACAAUAUCUACGCGAUUAUCUUCGGAUACCGACAGUGCAUCCAGAUCCUGACUAUGCGCCCGCUGUAGAGUUUAUAAAACGUCAGGCUGAGGAGUUGCAGUUGCCCGUUUCUAUCUUCCAUCCCUUUGAUGGCAAAAAUCCCAUAGUGAUCAUCACCUGGGAGGGUGAUCAGCCGGACCUGCCUUCGAUCUUCCUCAACUCACAUAUGGAUGUGGUCCCUGUUUUCCCAGAGAACUGGUCGCGUGCCCCAUUUAGCGCCGAUAUGGAUGUGUGUGGAAACAUUUACGCUCGCGGUGCACAGGAUAUGAAAUGUGUGGGCGCUUGGUAUAUGGCGGCUAUAAGGGCAUUGAAAUGCAGCGGAUCGAGAUUCAAGCGCACCAUCCAUAUUUGCUUUGUGCCAGAUGAGGAAAUGGGCGGUCGCCGUGGCAUGCGACCAUUUAUUGAUACCGAAGACUUUCGCAAGCUGAAUGUGGGUUGUGGACUUGAUGAAGGCAUGGCUUCCACCGGAGAAGCAAUUCCAGUUUAUUAUGGCGAACGCACCGUGUGGCGAAUGACUUUUAAGGCCUCGGGACAAGCUGGUCAUGGUUCGCUGUUGUUGGGUAACACAGCGGGCGAAAAGAUUCAAUAUAUAAUAAACAAAAUGAUGGCAUUACGUCAGUCACAAGUGGAUCGCUUGAGGAGUGACAAAAAUCUGAGAAUUGGCGAUGUGACGACUGUGAAUUUAACUCGACUUGGCGGCGGCAUACAGAGCAAUGUGAUACCACCAAUGUUAACAGCUGGCUUCGACACAAGGCUAGCAAUCGAUGUUGAUUUGGAAAAGCAAGAGGAUCAAUUUCAAAAGUGGUGCGCAGAGGCUGGCGGCGGUAUUGAGAUUGAAUUUGAUCAGAAACAUCCAUUUGUGAAACCCUCGAGCAUUUGUUGUUCUAAUAAUCCCUUCUGGGCAACUUUCAAGAAGGCCACAACGGACUUAGGUCUAACAAUUGAACCGCAGAUUUUCAAUGGCGGCACAGACAGUCGCUAUUUGCGUAGAGUGGGAAUUCCAGCCUAUGGAUUCUCUCCGUUGCAUCAUCAUCCCGUUUUGUUGCACGAUCACAAUGAGUUCAUUAAUGCAAAUGUUUACCUGAAAGGAAUCGAAAUUUAUAAACGUGUUAUUAGCGAUUUGGCUAAUGUAGACGGUUGAGUUGAAGUUUCAGAACAUACAGAAAUGAAUAAAUGAAAUGAGUAAGAAAUAUA